AGCCUUUCGCAGCAGACGGUACACAGAGGACCACAACACCGCAGACGAUAUUUCCUCCACUUCUUUUCUGCUCCGUAUCCUCUGCAACAGCUGCAGAAAGCGAGACGUGCAAGUAUCCUUAUGCAAAUAUCCGUGAUCGCGCCAUGGCUGGUCGCUGUGGUCAGUGUGUUGACCGCUGUGGAGUUUGCCUCCGGAGAAGAGGUCUUCACCAAUGCCUUCUUGGUGGAGUUGAAAGAGCCGAAAGGAAACGAGGUCGCCAAUGAAGUCGCCAAAAGGAAUGGAUUUACGAAUAUAGGACCCGUGCUGGGCUCCGAUCAGUUCUUCCACUUCGUCCACAGAGCGAUGCCACAUUCCAGAAACAAGAGGAGUAUACCGCAUAUGAAGAAACUCAAAUCAGAUCCCCUGGUGUCUCGGGCGACGCAGCAGAUUGGAUUCAAGAGGGUGAAGCGGGGCUACAAGCAGUUGCGGCUGCGCGAGGAGCUCGCCAAAGAGAUGUCCCAACCCACAGACCCUUACUUCCCCUACCAAUGGUACCUUAAAAAUGUUGGUCAGAAUGGUGGCAAACCGAAGUUGGAUCUGAACGUAGAAGCUGCCUGGGCUCAAGGAUACACUGGAAGGAAUAUCACAACAGCAAUCAUGGACGAUGGCGUGGAUUACAUGCAUCCUGAUUUAAGAGAAAAUUAUAAUGCUAGAGCCAGUUACGAUUUCAGCAGCAACGAUCCGUACCCGUACCCGAGAUAUACUGAUGACUGGUUCAACAGUCAUGGCACGCGCUGUGCAGGAGAAGUUGCAGCAAAGAGAGAUAAUGGAGUUUGCGGAGUUGGUGUAGCUUAUGAAUCUAAAGUUGCAGGGAUACGAAUGUUAGAUCAACCCUAUAUGACAGAUCUAAUUGAAGCCAAUUCUAUGGGACAUGAGCCAAACUUAAUUGAUAUUUAUAGUGCAAGCUGGGGUCCUACAGAUGAUGGGAAAACAGUUGAUGGACCUCGAAAUGCGACUAUGAGGGCCAUUGUACAAGGUGUAAAUGAAGGUCGACGAGGACUGGGUAAUAUCUAUGUUUGGGCUUCUGGUGAUGGUGGGGCUGAUGAUGACUGCAACUGUGAUGGUUAUGCGGCUAGCAUGUGGACGAUUUCUAUCAACUCUGCUAUCAACAAUGGAGAAAAUGCUCACUAUGAUGAAUCAUGUUCUUCAACACUUGCAUCAACUUUUAGUAAUGGAGCUAAAGAUCCACACACUGGAGUGGCCACUACAGAUCUAUAUGGAAAAUGUACAAAAACUCACUCUGGGACAUCUGCAGCAGCUCCUGAAGCCGCAGGAGUAUUUGCACUAGCUUUAGAUGCAAAUCCAAAUCUUACCUGGAGAGAUGUCCAGCACUUAACUGUGCUGACUUCCAAAAGGAAUUCCCUGUAUGACAGCAAGGGCCGUUUCCACUGGAACAUGAAUGGGGUUGGCUUGGAAUUCAAUCACUUGUUUGGAUUUGGUGUCCUGGAUGCUGGAGCUAUGGUGGCUUUGGCUAAGAUUUGGAAGACAGUUCCAGCGAGGUAUCAUUGCGAAGCAGGAACAGUCAAAACACCACACCGGAUCCUGACUAACGCCAGUACUCAAAUCUACAUCGACACAGACGCCUGCGCGGGCACAGAGACAGAGGUGAACUACCUGGAGCACGUUCAGGCUAUUAUCACUCUGAAUGCCAGUCGACGGGGAGAUGUGACCCUCUUCUUGAUAUCGCCCAUGGGCACCAGGUCCAUGAUACUGAAUAAGCGUCCGAACGACGAUGACCAAUACGACGGAUUCACCAAAUGGCCCUUCAUGACGACGCACACCUGGGGGGAGGGACCAAGAGGUCGGUGGACCCUGGAGGUCCGAUUCGACAGCCAAGUCCCCCAGACUGGAUUUAUAAAAGAGUGGACCCUAAUGGUCCACGGGACUCGUGAGGCUCCCUACAGGGAUUUGCCGGUGGAGGACGAUAAUUCUAAACUGGCCAUAGUGAAGAAGGCUCACGAGGUCGGCUACAAGAUAUAAGGGGCAGAUGUCGCUCGACUGAUGUUGCCAGGUGUUUUGUUUUGACCGGACCCGACGCAAAGUGUUAUUAUUCUUUUUGUUUUGUUUUGUUUUGCAAUAAGUGCAGUUGUUGAGCAGUGACAUGAGUAACACCGUUUUAAAACUGUAACACUUACGAAAUACAAGGGUUAGAAAUUUAAUAGAAGCAACUAUAAGGAGUGUCCAUGCUGGAUAGCUAAUUUCCAAACAGUUUGAGACGGUAUCUAGUUUCAUGCGAAAAAGGUUUUAAUCAGGAAAUAAUCCAAUUGUAUGUAGCUUUUUCCGAUUGUUAUGGGAAAUAUUACGAAAUCUAAAUUUUUAUGCUGAGCCCUUCCCCCCCCCCCCUCCAGUGAUUUUACUUCUGUUUAGUAAAGUUUUCCCGGUAUAUUAAAAUUUUCUUUAACUGAUUACUUUCCCCCCUUUCAUUACUUAAGUUUCACUCUUGUAACCAAAUGAUGAAGUUUUGUAUUUCAUUAUUUUAGAUCGAUUCAUUGUCAUUUCGAGGCAAAGUGACACUCAAAACUUUAUAACUCAUUAGUCUUAGUUCAGUUAGAAUUGAACUUUUCUAGUCUAAAAUAUUAGCGCGUGAAGAAAGUUUUACUAAUCAUGCAUAACAGAAUCUAGGAAUUGUAUAAAAAUUUAGAUUUUAUAAUUUUUUUCAGUUACAUUUUAUGAAGUUUGUGACAUUUUUUGCGCCAUUUAGAGCAUUAUUCAAAGUGGAAUUAUGUGCUGUUACAUAACAGUUUAGAAAUGAUCUAUUAGGACACCCUGUAGAAUCACUUUCAAACGAUGGCAGCUUGAAACGUUUCGGUGGAGUCACCAUUACUGUACACAACUUGAUUCCAGCGAUGAGAAAAUUGUAGAAUAUUUGUAACAAACACAGAUCUGCUAAUGGUUUGUAGAGAGCUGUAUGUCGCCUUAAGAAUCUCUUAAAAAUGGCAACGGGGUUUUUGGCAAGCAGUUCUUUCUUCCGAUUUAAUGGAGCACUUGACCCUAUCAGAGACUUAUCUCCAUAAUGAUAGUAACUGCAAAAAGCCCAUGUUUUAUUAAAAUGUCAUAAACUGUUAGGCUUUUGAUAAGGUCACUUUCUUUCUUGCCUGCUUGAACCUUAAAAGAGGUUCUUUUUCCUUUGAUGUCAAUACUUUUAUUGAAUCAAAAAAAAAAAAAAAAAAGCCGGAACAUUAGACCAAUUACAAGGCUAAACGAAAGAACGCGGACGACGAAGUACGUUUUCACCAUUUUAAAAGCUCUUUCCACCGACUGGCUAUCCGCAAAAAGGCCAAUCAAGUCCAUAGAGGCCAAAGAUUAAAUAAUCAAGGCUUACUUUUAAAACGGGAAAUACGUUAGAAAAGAGAUACUGGCAUGUCGCUCCUCCGAGGUCGGUGACGAAAAGAGUACUGUUUGGUGUCAUAUCAGAGGGAGCUAGCUCUAAGCUUAGUAACCACUAGGAUCAAGAAAGAAAAGAAAUGUUAUGGGUUGUUACAGAGCUGUUCUAGAGAUUCCUGAAGCUACAAACCGCUCCACCUGAAUCAUCGACUGAAUUGGUAUUCUAUGGCUUCCAAUCGCUGGAAACAAACUGGGGCCAAGGAAUAUAAAUGCUUCAAACUAGAACAGAAGCUGCAUUGGCUGUAAUUAUAUCGUUGCCAUUAUUGAGCUGCCAACCCUUGUAUUUUCAAUGAGGCGUAGAAUAUAUUUAAAUGACCCUUGCUCCCAAAAAUUACCGAAAGAAGAUACCUUAGUUUUUGUUUAGCAUAGACACGUUUUGUUGAUUCAACUGUUUUGUACACUAGACUCUUCACUGCUUUUGCUUAUUUACAGAUUAGUUAUUAGUACUUUAUGAAAUAAUAAUUUUAUAUAAAUUUAACUGUUGUUUAUAAUAUUAGACUUAAAAUUACGGUCUCGUCUCACGAAGCAUUCACCACCCUUUAAAACGCUCAGCAAUCUGUCCUGCAGAAAAUAGUUUGCAAGGUUACGAUUGGCAUUCUGUUGGCGAGUUAUCGCUUGAAAAAAAUUUCACUUUUUGCAACCAUACUGUUAUUUUAAUUCUAACGUUAAUUGUGUUUCUGUUCCUACCUGAUACAGUUGUCGGAAUGUAAUAAUUAUAAGUGUGUUUAUAUAGAUAUGAAUAUCUUAUUUUAACUUUUUUUCUUCUGAAUUUCCGAUAAAUUUUCAGAAGAACUUAUUAAACAAAAGAGAAUGUGAAAAUAUUGAACAGAUGCUUUGUUAAUUUUUUAAACAUUAUUAAACAAUAUGUCGUUACAUUUUAAAAAGAAAAAUAUAAUUUAUCUUUCUAAAAAUAUACCUAAAUUUGCUACACCUGGCAACAUUAAUACCAUUGUUAACAAUUGUAAUAGUGUCAUGCAAAACAAACUUGUGUUCUGCAGUUGCACUCAUUUCUUCUCUAACAUUUUUCCUCUAAAAUUUUGUUUUUGUUGCUUGUUUUGUUUUGUUUUCACAUUGAUUGUAGACAAAAAAUUAUCAUUCGGAACUGUUUUUGAAUUUACUAAAAUCCUGAAGUGCUAAACGUAUGAAGGAAUAUCCAUUUUUUUCCGUGUUUAUUUUAAAUUUGACUAUUGCAAGAGCAUAUAUUGAAUCAAGUCGCUCUUAAAGCUUCGCAUCUGUAUUAUUAUUUUGAAUCCUGUAAAAUUGGACCAAUGAAGGAUUUUAAUUAUGCUUUUUAUGCAUUUUAAAUUGCAUGUCAUGCAAAAUGAUUUUGCAUUUAUAUUUUUUUCUAUGUCGUUAAUACAAAUAAAUUUCUUUCUGAUUAGACUUAGGAUCAUGAUACAGUGCCACGGCCAAUUGACUGCAUUGCCUAGAUUGGUGGCAAAAAAAAAAAAGUUUCAUUUCAGAAAAAUUCAGUUUCAAAAAUAAAAAUUACAUUUGUCAUAUGUCCGUAAUUUUUUCUGUUAAAUGCAUGUAAAGUCUAUUUUAGUAAUAUUAAAAAAAAAAAAAAAAACUACAUGAUUUGAUUCAGUUGUAAUUUUUAUAAUGAUAAUGAAAUAAUAAAUUUAUAUCAGAUACUGCAUAGUUUUUAUUUAAUUAUUUGGACGUUUUUUAUGGGUUAGACAAAAAGAUUAAGUUGUAUUCUCAUUAAUAAGCAUGUGAAACAUGUGAAACCAUCAAAAUUCCUGCCAACAUGAAUUUCCUAUUGAGGUGUUUUGAAUUGUCAAAUUAUAACUUGAAGAAGAAAAAAUAUUAAUUUUGGCUUCUGUACCGUAAUUUUAAGUCUAACCACUUUAUAUAGUUGCAAAUUUUAUAUUAUUGCAUUUAUGAUACUUACCACCUUGUACAUUACUAUUACUAUUGCAUUCCCUUACUGAAAAUGAAUUAAAUUUUAUGAAAUUAAAACUUUUCAGUUGCAAGUGUGUAAACUAGCUGUUGAUUCAUGCAAUAAAUUAUGUGUUAAAACGUUUUAUCUUUAAUAAAAUAUUAUAUAUAUAUAUAGUCACAGUGAGUUGUUUAUCAGUGAAUAAAUGUCCUGAAUUAUUUUAUUAUAAAAUAUUCUUACCUCUAUAGAUCAUAUUCUGCAAUACCAUAUUUUAUUUCUGUCCACUUUAGCUUCCUUAUUGUAUGUUAAUUUUGAAUGAAUAUGGUUUCAAAAUUUGCAUUUGAAAAAUUUUUAAUGAAAUUCCGGUAAAAUUUUAUUUAUGCAUUAUUUUAUUAAAAUCUGCAUAUUUGGAUAAAAUUACAGAAUACAAUUCUUUGACAAAUAUUCAAAUACAUAUUGUUUGGAGAAGAUAAUAGAAAAAAAAAAGUUUUUUCCUAAAAUUGUAGAUUAAAGAUUUGCUUUAAAAUAUACAAAAAUCUACUUUUAAUCAAUUUUUGACAUAGUUAAAUCUACAAAUUUUAUCGUAUUUUUGUUGAUAUCUCCUUCACUGCAUUCCAAAACAACUUAAUGUGAAAUAAUCAAUCCAUUAGUAAAUCAAAUUACCACUUUUCUCAAGGAAUGCAAUAAUUCCCUUUCCUUUAUAGGUAUGUUAAUGAUGUUUUUCCCCCUCCUAUAUUUAUUGCAUAGAUUGUUGACAGUGUUUAUUAUUGUGUCAAUUGUACUGAAAGUAUUUGUUAUAAACAAAUAAAUAUUUAUUGCAUUUCAGCUAAGAAAUUCUAUUUUUAAUGUAGAACAUGU